AUGAGAAAAGAAUAACGUGAUAACGACUGUCAACAAAAGCGAAGAAGUGACAAGUAAAGGCUACGAAUUACAAAAAAACUGGAGAAACUGUAAUUUUCUGCAAAAUUAGGGAAUCAUACCAAUAUCUUUUGUAAGUUAAACUUUGAAGAUCGUAUGCCAAGCUGAGGAGACAUCACCCACAUGCUUGUGGCAUCAUCCUUUACUGUUUCUAAAAAAAGUAGGCAAGAGGCUCCAUGGCAGAAAAUAGAUCUUCCUCUUCCCCGAGUGCAAGAGGAUGGACAGCAAUGGACAAUGAGCAACCUCAUCAAGAGAACGUCAAAUGUGUGGUUGUCGGAGACACGGCCGUGGGGAAGACGCGUCUUAUUUGUGCUCGAGCUUGUAACGCACGCCUUACCUUAAGCCAGUUGAUGACCCAUCACAUUCCAACAGUGUGGGCUAUCGAUCAGUAUCGAAUCUAUAAAGAGGUGUUGGAACGCUCUUGGGAUGUUGUGGAUGGUGUCAGUAUUUCUCUUCGGUUGUGGGACACUUUUGGAGACCAUGAUAAAGACAGAAGGUUUGCAUAUGGAAGAUCAGAUGUGGUUUUACUGUGCUUUUCAAUUGCCAACCCAUUAUCCCUUCGAAACUGUAAGGUCGUAUGGUAUCCAGAGAUUCGAAAAUUUUGUCCAAACACACCAAUAGUUUUGGUAGGGUGUAAGAAUGAUCUCCGGUACAUAUACAGAGAUGAGGAAUUCUUGAGCUUGUGUCGUGACCGUAGCCCUUUUUUCAGGGGCAACCAUCCAUGUGUUUCAAGCAGAAAUCCUGAGUUGGGAAGACCUCUGCGAGAAACCGACAUCUUAACUCCAGAACAUGGUCGAAUGGUUGCAAAAGAAAUUGGAGCUCCUUACUAUGAAACCAGUGUCCUUACCCAUUAUGGUGUGAAUGAAGUGUUUGAGAAUAUAAUUAGGGUGGCUCUUAUAGCCCGGAGACAGCAACGUUUUUGGAUGACGAACCUGAAACAUGUUCAGCACCCCCUUCUUCAGGUUCCAUUCUGCCCUCCAAAGCAACCAUCUCCUAGUAUUUGCGUCCCUGAUUCCCAGUUUGAGAAUGACAUGUUGUCACUGUUCCAUAGCCAGGUGUUCACUGACGUCAUAUUCCUUUGUGGAAAAAUAGGCUUUUCCGCCCACAAGGCAGUGUUAGCUGCAAUUAGUGGUACAUUUUUCAAACUUUUCACUAUGGAUUUAUCACCAGAUAUUUCAACAUCUGCUCGUAGUUCCAGCGAGUCCAGUAUGGUUAGUACACUGGAAGCUGCUGUGGGAAGUUUUAACGAUGACACAGAACAGCUCAUUUCCCAAAGCACUCCACCAACAUGUGCCUCCUUACGGCUGCCACGAAGCUCAAACAACAACAAUAACAACAGUGGUGGCUCAAACAUUGCUAACUCUAGUGGUGCCCAUACGUUGCCCCAAAAGAAAAACAGCAGUGAAGGUCAUUCCAAGUUGGCAGACCACAGCAACAAACCGACGGAUAGCCACAGUGAAUCGAGGACUAGUGUUUGUAAAAUUCUCAACCAAGGUGCAUUUCAGUCCAUCAGUCUAGAGCCAUGUGAGGGGUUAGAUCACAGAGGAGAGAUAACAUCAUCAAUGCAAACAGUAGUGACCAUGUCUAAGCAAAUUACACCAGCUGCUCUACAACAGUGUCUAAGAUUUCUGUACACUGGUUCAGUUGACUUGAAGUGCUGUUCACUCACCGAGGUCCACCUAGCAGCCGAACUACUAGAGAUACCCGAAUUGCAGGUCAUAAUAAGUAAUAUUUUGCAUCGAGAAGAUUUUCUCAAUCAAGAGGUGCGACAGAAGUUUCUUCAAAAAUUAAAAGCCCGAAUAAAAGAAAUCUGUGUCAAGCAAGGUCUCUUUUCUGAUGUUUUAUUUCAACUGGAAGAUGGUCUCUGUGCUGCACAUCGACCCAUGCUUGUUGCUCGCUGUGAUAUGAUGGCUGCCAUGUUCCGGGGAGACUUCAGAGAGAGUUCUGCCAAAGUGGUUCAUUUUCCCGGUGUAACAAAAGACUGUUUUCAUCAACUUUUAGUCUAUCUGUACACUGACUGUAUAGAUCCUACCAUAAACCCUAACAACUGCUUAGACCUCCUGGAGCUAGCCAAUCGGUUAUGUCUUGCUAGACUCGUGGCUCUUGUGGAACAGAAGGUGGUUAGAGACUUGAUCAAGAUGGCAGAAAAUAAAAUUGAUUCUACUGAACAUGCUAUAAGACUUUUGGAACCUUGUCAGAUGCACAACGCAGAUCAGUUGGCAGAUUGGUGUUUGUUUCACAUCUCGGUAAACUACAACGAGAUUUGUCAAAAGAGUAUAAAACUAUUGAGGACCCUGCACCCAGAAAAUCAGGCCUAUCUCAACCGAAAUAGGUGGCCGCCAGUGUGGUAUCUGAAAGAAUUUGAUUUUUACGAGCGGUGCCUACGAGAACGUGAAUGGCAAGAAAAUCCUCCCAAAGCUCUCAAACGCCAGAGGAGUAAUGGGAGUGGUGGGUGUCUUUGUUUCUCUGGAAAGACUAGUAGUGACGGGCCUAAGUGGGCAUUUCACACGGUAUAAGUACCUGGAGAGGUUGCCAUUACUUUGUGUUGACUCAUUCAACAAAGCUGGUCAUGGAAACAGACUAAACCAUUUGUUUUUUAGCCUGCCAGUUGCGUUAACAACAUAGCUUACAUGAUAAAGAAGCAUUAAAAGCCAUUUUGCUGUUUAUUUGGCUAAUUUUUAUUUUUUAAGUAAAGUGCUUCUACGGAUAGUAUCGGUGAAAGAAUGGGAAAUGUAUUAUUCUGUAACAAAUUUAAAUAUCUGUUUCAUUUUCACAUGGUGAAGAAAUUAUACAUGAUAUUGUAUUUUGUAGGUGAAAAAUCAACUUUUUAGUCAUUAAUUUUUUUUUUGUAAGAUUUUUUAGGUGGAUGUCCAUCUUAUAUCACCUAGAAGCCAAAUAUUUUUGAUUUCAUUGCUUUCUUUAUGAAAAACUUUAUGGUAAAAAAUGUAAAUGUUAAGUUUUUUUAUGUUUUCUAGAGAAAGGAAGCCUAAUCAAAAUGUGUUUAGUUUUGUUAUAAAUAUAUAUUUUUUUAGCUUUUGAACUCCAUGAUAAAGUUAUUGUAAUUGUUCAAUAUUAAAAAUAGGUUUAGCGCCAAUUCAGUCGAUAAGUUAAAAACACAUCUAACAAAAGCAAGAACAAUUUUCUGUGAUGAAGAUGGAGUGGAGUUGCCUAAUUAUCCCGAUUCACUAAAGAAUUAAUUUUAGGAACUGAAGUUGCCCAGGAUUUGAUUCCUUGAAGGGGAAGGAAUGCAGAUAGCCGUUGUGUGGCUUUUCACUAAAAAACAAAAACAGUCGGAUACCUGAUACAUAAUAGUUAAACAUUGAAGAGAAGAACCGUUAUUACUGAUGAAAGGCUGAUUUUUUUUGUUUUUCUAUAAUUUAUGGACAGUAAUAACACUCGUUCUUGGUUGUUUAUUGAAUUGUUUGAAAACUUUGAGAAGGUCAAGCUAGUUUUGAACAAGUUGUUAGAGUGAACAGAAUAUUAGUGAAAUUGAAAAUAAAAAUGUGUGAUUUAAAGGAAUAUUCCUACAAGUAAAAAUGUAUAGUGAGUUUGGUACCCUCUGGUGGAAAAUACAAAUAUAAAGAAUAAUGAUUUUGAAGCAUUACAUUUGUGUUUAAAUAUAUGGUAGAAUAUUCAUUCCUUAAAGAUUCGAGCUUGGUGUUAAAGAGUAGGAAUCUAAUUUACCAAAUAGUAAUUAUUGAAAAAUAAUUUUAAAUCUCUUCUGCGGUGGUUAAUCAAAUAACACCACAAAAGAUACUUUACGAUUUAUUCUUUCGUAAGCCCCCUUUAAACAAGUAUUAAUAAAGAAAAUUUCGUUGUCAAAUGUCUUGAUCCAUAGGCUUUUCGUUGGUUCAUAUUUUUAAAGAUUAAGAAAUUUUGAAAUUAGAAAUUAUUAUAUGUCAGAGUGAUAUUCUGUAAUUGUUUCCUGAUUGGGGUGCAUUUCAGAAUUUAAAUUGUGGCUGGCUGUUUUAAUUAUGUUAUUUCUCUGUAGAAAAAAAAAGUAAAACAUAUAUAUAUAUAUAAUAUUUACUUUUAGAAUUUUAAUAGUUUUUAACUUUCACCAUAACUAAUCUUUAGAACUUUUAAAACAAUUUUUAUGAACCUGUUCAUGGAGAUGAAAUUCAGGACACACCAAAAUUAUAAGCUGGUAGUUUUUCUUCACGAGCUUUCUUAAAACAUCGGUUACCUUCAAGUCUUUCCUUAAAAUAUUAUCUUGCGUGCAUAUGCUUAAUAGAAUCUCAAAUAAGUUGUGAUAUUCCAGUUUGUACACAAAGUGUAAACUGUAAGUAAACAAUGCAGUGAAAGUAUACUUAUGUUGUUUUAAAAUUUCAGGUGAAGUCCAUGCGAUCUUUUAUUGCUGUCAUUGUUUAUCUAGGUACCAAAUGUGAUUUGGCUCUUGCGAAACCUGAAGUACCUAGCUGUAGCACAUUAGUUUAGAAAAUUAUAAAUUGCAUGUGGUGCUUGAGAACCCACUUGAAUCAUGACAUUAUCAUUAAAAACUAGUUAUUUCUUUUCAUUGUUUUUUUUUUUCGAGAAUCUCAUUGUGUGCGUGUAUUUUGGUGAUUUGUCCUUUUAAUAUCUUAUAACUUUUUAAGAAUCAUCCUACCAUUGCUUGCACCACAUGUUAUGGGACCCUAAAGAUCAUAUAAAUUUAUAUUACCAGUCUGUCACUUGUCACUUUUGUUUGUUCUCGUUAAGUUAACUUGUAGAUAACACUUAGACUAAAUAUAUGUCUUAAAAAUUUCAAGGGAUAAAAAUUACCUAUUUUGCUGGAGUUGAGUUUUAAUUAAGGUUAAAUAUUAUUCUGUGUUUUUCAAAGUGAUUUGUUAGUUAGAGAGAAACUUUAAUGAUACUUUCAUUGUUCUAGCUAAUGAGAAAUGUUGAAAGGUGUUAUAUGUAAAGUUAAUUAGUAUCUUGUUAACUUGAGAAUCGUUAAACGUGUGGUUGUAUGACACUGCUCGUUAUGAGACAUUAAGUUUCUAGUUUGUUUUUAUUCCUUGGUUUUCUUUUGUUCUUCGAUUAUUUUAAAACAAUUGGAAAAAACAUUGCCAUUAACUAAAAUUAAAAACAAAAUAAAAUUACAUAUUUUGCUUGAUUUGUGUUUACUUGAGGUAAAACUUUAGUUCAACUUUUCAUAAAUACAUUUGAAAUUAAAGGGAGGAACUAAAGGUAUAAUUAAUAUA